AUGUCUCUGGAUAAAGAUCGAGUACCGAGCCUUAGACACCAGGUCAAGGUGAAAGUUGGCCUGAUAGGUGAUGCACAAGUUGGAAAGACUUCUUUAAUGGUCAAAUACGUACAAAAUGUGUUUGAUGAGGAAUAUACGCAGACAUUGGGGGUGCAUUACCUCGAGCGGAAAGUGGUGCUGGGAUCCACAGACGUUAUAUUCUCCAUAAUGGAUCUUGGAGGUCAACGUGAAUUUAUCAAUAUGCUCCCUUUAGUAUCCGAAGGUGCAGUUGCAAUAGUAUUUCUUUUCGAUUUGACGCGGCCAGAGACUUUAAAUUCGAUAAAAGAAUGGUACAGACAAGCAAGGGGGUUCAAUGAUACAGCAAUUUCAAUUCUGGUUGGAACUAAAUAUGACCUUUUCGUCGAUAUGGACCCCGAAUAUCAAGAAAAUGUAUCUAGAACUGCGAUGAAAUACGCUCAAGUUAUGAAAUCGCCUCUGAUAUUUUGCUCGACCCAAUCAUCAAUCAACGUACAGAAAAUAUUUAAGGUCGUGAUUGCAAAAGCUUUCAAUCUAACUCUGAAAGUACCGGAAUAUAAACAGAUCGGCGAGCCCUUACUGAUAUACAAAUCAUUCGGUCCUUCGCGACCUUCUUCUCCAAAAAGACAAGUGCAUACCCCUCCGCCAUCAUCGUAA